AUGUCCGAGCUUUGGUAUCAACAGCCCGCCGCUGGAUGGAACGAAGCGUUACCGGUGGGAAAUGGACGCCUUGGGGCGAUGGUCUAUGGCAGAACCGACACAGAACUGCUCCAACUCAACGAAGACUCGGUUUGGUACGGCGGUCCGCAGAACCGUCUCCCAGGGGAUGCCCUAGCAAACCUGCCACGUCUUAGGCAGUUGAUUCGAGAAGGCGCCCACAGGCAGGCAGAACAGUUGGUUCGUCGCGCAUUCUUCGCUUCGCCAAAUAGCCAGCGGCACUAUGAGCCUCUUGGGACGCUGUUUCUGGAGUUCGGACACCACUUUGAUGAGGUCACGGACUAUAGGCGGUCUUUGGACUUGAACGAGGGCAUAACUCACGUGCGCUAUGAGUACAGCGGUGUCAGGUUUCAUCGGCAAGUGCUCGCUAGUUAUCCAGAUGAUGUGUUGGUCAUACGGGUACAAGCUUCGCAACGCACUGAGUUCUUGGUUCGCCUUAGUCGACUUAGCGAAUUGGAGUACGAAACGAAUGAGUUUCUUGACGAUAUCGUGGUAGAUGGCCAAUCCAUCAAGAUCCAUGUCACACCUGGCGGCAAGAACAGUAAUCGGGCCAGCUGCAUAGUAGGCAUCCGCUGCGGAAGCGACGAUGAGGAACCAGGGAGGGUCGACCGUGUGGGCAACAGUCUCAUCAUCAACGCGCGCGACGCUCUGAUUGUGGUAGCAGCUCAGUCAACAUACCGUUGCAGAGAUACCGACCUUGACCGCACGACGAUUGCCGACCUCGAAUCAGCCCUCGGUCAUUCGGCUGAAGAGAUAUGGACUCGGCAUAUUAAGGACUACCAAUCUUUGUAUGGCCGCGUGCAGUUGCAACUGAGACCAGAUGCAUCAGAUAUACCAACGGAUCAGCGCAUUCUGAACGCACGAGAUCCAGGGCUUGUCGCCCUGUACCUGCACUACAGUCGCUACUUGCUGAUAUCAUGUAGUCGUCCUGGCAAGAGAGGAAACUCUGAUCGUGUCCUUCCUGCGACGUUGCAGGGUAUCUGGAACCCAUCGUUUCAUCCUCCUUGGGGAUGCCGCUACACGAUCAACAUCAACCUGCAGAUGAACUAUUGGCCUGCAAACGUGGGCAACUUGUCGGUGUGUGAGGAGCCCCUGUUUGCUCUGCUCGAGCGCCUUGCAAUCACUGGCAGGGAAACUGCACGCAAGAUGUACGGCUGCCGUGGGUGGACAGUGCACCAUAAUACGGAUCUGUGGGCAGAUACUGCACCUGUCGACCGCUGGAUGCCAGCCACUUUGUGGCCACUUGGCGGUGCCUGGCUUUGCACUCAUGUUUGGGAGCAAUUCCUUUUCAACAGGGAUAAGGCCUUCUUGAAUCGCAUGUUCCCAGUACUGCGUGGAUGCGUCGAAUUCCUGUUAGACUUUUUAGUAGACGACGCCUCGGGGCAAUACAAGGUGACCAACCCAUCGUUGUCACCUGAGAAUACGUUCUGUGAUGAGAAGGGCAAAGAGGGUGUGCUCUGCGAAGGCUCAACCAUUGACAUUCAACUUGUCCGUGCGGUGCUGGAAGCAUUUGUUGACUCGCUGGAGGUACUUGGUCUUUCGGAGGAUGAGCUCCUGCUCAGUGUGCAUGAUACUCUACGCCGCCUGCCCCCAAUGCGAAUUGGCGCGGAAGGUCAUCUCCAAGAAUGGAUGAUUGACUAUCGUGAGAAUGAGCCGGGCCAUCGGCAUGUAUCGCACCUCUGGGCUCUUUAUCCAGGCAAGCACAUCAACCUGGAAACUACACCCGAGCUGGCCAAAGCCAGUGCUGUCACUCUACAACGGCGACAGGCAGCUGGUGGCGGCCAUACGGGGUGGAGCAGGGCGUGGCUAAUCAAUCUUCAUGCGAGACUAAGAGAUCCAGAUCAAUGCGCAGAGCAUGUAGAACAACUUCUGGCGCGAUCAACUCUCCCUAACCUUCUGGAUACGCAUCCACCUUUUCAGAUAGAUGGCAACUUCGGCGGCGCCGCCGGAAUACUGGAGAUGUUAGUGCAGUCGCAUGAAGACGGCAUUAUACGAUUACUUCCUGCCUGUCCAGUAGGAUGGCGAAGUGGACGGCUUCGAGGCGUUCGCGCGCGUGGUGGAUUCGAGUUAGAAUUUGCAUGGGAGGAUGGAAUGAUCAGAGGCCCAGUUAUUGUAAAGUCAGACCUGGGACUUAGGGCAGUGGUCCAUUAUCCCAAUAACGGUCCAUGUAAGGUUGUGGAGGGUGUGGGUGUUAUGGUCUUGCAUGAGGACAAUUGA